GGCUCGGCCCGAGCGCGGCGGCGGCUCCGGCUGUCAGCAGCUCCAGUGAGGGGCCAUGGGGCAGCGCGGCCGCCGGGGCCCUUGAGACCUCACCGGCCCCGGCGCCGCCAUGGAGCUGGAGCCGCCCGCGGAGCUCCCGGAGACCCGCACCGCCUCUAAGGGACCGCCCCGCAACGGAUUGUGUCGAGAUCCUCCCACAGAGCAUGAUGCAUCCACUACUACAGAUGUGGAGCAGAUGAGUUCCUCUUCUCCUGUCCUUCCUAUGAACUCCAUGGGCAAUGAGCGGGUGGAUCAGCGAACCUGCCUGAUCUGCGGGGACAGAGCGACGGGGCUGCACUAUGGGAUCAUCUCCUGCGAGGGCUGCAAGGGGUUCUUCAAAAGGAGCAUCUGCAACAAGCGGGUUUACAGAUGCAGCCGAGACAAGAACUGCGUCAUGUCACGCAAACAGCGCAACAGAUGCCAGUACUGCCGGCUGCUCAAAUGCCUCCAGAUGGGCAUGAACCGAAAAGCAAUCAGAGAGGAUGGCAUGCCGGGAGGCAGAAACAAAAGCAUCGGACCUGUCCAGAUAUCAGAGGAAGAGAUUGAGAGAAUUAUGUCUGGGCAAGAAUUUGAGGGAGAGGCAAACAUGUCAUGGAGCAACAAUGGAGACAGUGACCAUAGUUCCCCUGGAAAUGGAGUUUCUGAGAGCAACCAGCCUUCACCCGUUUCUACUCCGUCUUCAAGUAGGUCCGUGGAGCUGAAUGGAUUCGCUGCACUCAGGGAUCAGUAUAUUGGGACGCCGGUGUCCACGCACUAUCAGUACCUCCCGCACCUUUUUAGCUAUUCUGCUCACUCAGCUCUGAUGCCCCCCCAGACACGCAGCCUGGACCCGCAGUCACACAGUCUUAUCAAUCAGUUGGUGUCAGCAGAGGACCUGGAGCCACUGGGCACACCGAUGCUCAUUGAGGAUGGGUAUAAAGUGACUCAGGCAGAGCUGUUUGCGUUGUUGUGUCGUCUGGCGGAUGAAUUGCUUUUCAGGCAGAUUGCUUGGAUCAAGAAGCUGCCGUUCUUCUGCGAGCUCUCCAUCAAGGACUAUACCUGCCUGCUCAGCUCUACGUGGCAGGAGCUGAUCCUGCUCUCCUCGCUGACUGUUUACAGCAAGCAGAUCUUUGGUGACCUCGCGGAUGUCACCUCCAAGUACUCUCCCUCUGAUGAUGAGCUGCACAGAUUCAGUGAAGAGGGGAUGGAGGUGAUGGAGCGGUUGAUCUACCUCUUUCGCAAAUUUAACCAGUUGAAGGUCAGCAACGAGGAGUACGCGUGCAUGAAAGCCAUCAACUUCCUAAAUCAAGACAUCAGGGGUCUGACUAACGCGUCCCAGCUGGAGCAGCUGAACAAGCGGUAUUGGUAUGUUUGCCAGGACUUCACGGAGUACAAAUACCCACACCAGCCAAACCGUUUUCCGGAUUUAAUGAUGUGUUUGCCAGAGAUACGAUAUAUUGCAGGAAAAAUGGUGAACGUCCCCCUGGAGCAGCUGCCUCUCCUUUUUAAGGCCGUUCUACAUUCCUGCAAGACGAGUGUGAGCAAAGAGUGAGCCCAGCUCGCCCCGGCCGGUGCCUUACGCUGUGCCCCAGGCAGGGAGCUGGCUCACCCCGGGAGAGGGGCAAACGCCAUCGGGCAGGCGACGGGGCGGUGGCCGUCCCUGCCGUUGUAGCAAGAAUCUUUUUUGGGUUGGUUUUUUUUUGUUGUUUUUUUUUUACUCUUUUUCCUAUAUAUUUAUUUCACGACAGAGUUGAAUGUAUGAUCUUCAACACGAUGCACAUGGUUCUGUAUGAAUGCAGCAGAUGCAUUCUCCAGCGGUUUACAGAAUGUGAAGAUGUUUAAUGUUACAGUGUUUGUUAGGGUUAGUUCUUUUGUAUUUUGGGGGCUGGGGACCGAGAUGACUAAGACUACCUCAAGGAGAAGAUGCUGUUCGCGCACUGCUCUUUCCAUGAUUUGUACCCAAAAGCAUUUGUCGUAGAGAGCAAACGGCCUCACCACAUCGACAGAGCUGUUAGUGUCCCAAGCGGACAAUUUUGCAGAAGUGGGUGUUAGAGAAGUGCCAAGCUUUUUUUCUUAAAAUAUAAUAAUAAUUUUAAAAAGGCAGGGAGUGGAGAUGAAGGAAGGGUCUGUCUCACCAGUUGGUUUCUUUUCCCCGGACACUUUUCAGGUGCGGGUGGUAGCUCCUGCGCUUUCCCUGAACCCUGUUCCAGUGGGAUCGUAGUGCUCCCAAGGGGCGAGGGGUUGCUGCCGUGUCCCCUCCUGGGGGCUGCAGGGAGGGGGCUCUGUCCCCAGCCUGACAGCCAGACUCUCGCUGCCGCUGCACGCCUUCCUGUUGGACUGAAACCGCCUUGCAGCAGUUCCUAGCAGGCUCCUGGCGUUACACAAAGGUACUCUUGUUGCUAGAGAACUGCAAGUAAUUUCUCAUCACUUCCUCAACAUCCAUUUUAGGUUCACAAAAGCAGGAAAAACCUACUUAGAGAAGAGACAGGAUUGCCCCUUCUAGCGUAUUCCUCCAAGGUGGUGUCUGACCACUGCGGAGCUUCUGCAUUGCAGCAACCCCAAGCAGCCCGUUACAGGGACACUUAAUGCACCCUGCGGUUAAAUGUGACCUGUGUAACGGGACAGGGGACUCCAGUGUCCUCUGGCGUGGCUUUCCCUGCUGGACUCAGGGAAUGCACGAUCCAUAGUCGUAUCCUGCCAGGACUGUUCUGCUGCUUGUGGAAUCCCUUCUCACCAGGAAGAAAUGGGUUCACUGCAGUACUUGGUAAACUGUUCUGUCCUAGGUGUUGCAAGGUUUGGGGUUUCCGUCUCGCAACCUCCACAGCCCACCGCCGCACAGAGAACUGGUUUGAUGACAGCUGGUUAGCUGUUUGGGUAAUUGUGAAGUGCUGGCGUUUAUCUGAACUGGGGUGCCCUCAUGGGUAACCUCGUGGCUUCCUGCUCGUGGUGGUAGUGGGCAAGUUGGAUGAGAUGCUCUUGUUCUCAUCUCCGUUGUUAAGAACUAACGUUCAAAGACUCGGUCACUCUUGCAGGCAGCUGUGUCGCCCUGGCUGGAUUUCCUUCUCUGUGUCCUUAGAUAUGAAUCUGACGUUUAUGUAGCAAGAAGGUUCAUCAACAAAUUUUUGAAUGCUGUUUUAAAAAUGUUUCGGGAAACAACUUCAGUUCCGUCAGGGUAGGGGAGCCAGCUGCUACCUUUUUGUCUUGUCCUGUGGCACUGAGCGAGUAGUGCUCAGAGGUACUGAAGCUGCCGCGAGACCAAAAUGAACGUGAUGGUGAACAGGAGAAAAGUCUCAUUCACCAAAGCCGUGUUUCCUUCCCCUUCCCGCAGCGGGCGCUGCCUCGGUUGUGACCCCUGCCUUGGCCGCCCCUGCUCGCUGGGACCUCUCUGGGCCCUGCUGCUGGCUGGCCACCGACCCGCGGCGCCAUCGCCGCCUUUGCCAUCCCGCUUGGGCAUCUCUCAGCUCGAUGGUUUCCCUUUCCUAAAAGUCCACAAGCUGCUCAUUUUUCAUUAUUUAAAGAGGAUGUUACGGGUAACAGCUGCUGGGCGCAGCAGCAGCUCGGCUUGAGAGAGCUUCACAACCCAAAGGCGGUUCCGUCGAUCUCAUUUACUUUUACUGACUGUAAAAUGAGACCAGCGCGUGUUUCUCAGGAAAGCCUUCUGCAUACAGCCUAUACCUCAAGUGUAAAUGGGAAGAUUUUAGUAUAUCUGUUUGUAAGUUAGAAAGUAUUUCUCAGCUUUUAAGUUUAAUUUCCAAAUAGCUUGAUAUGAUCUUUUUAUUACGGGUUAUCUUCUGGCUUGCUGUUUUAUACACUCAAGGAAUUGUUAAAAUUGCAUAGGAGUAAUUUUAUUCUACAGUUACUGAAUUAUUAUAAUCUGUUGAUGAAUAAGAGUUUGUUUUAAUUAGUGUACAUAAAAGCGGUCAUCUUAUUGCCAAAUACCCAACAAAAAUAGUCUAUUAGGUAUUCUGUGUUUAUCCAAAAUAGACUUCCAAGACUAAUGCUGUACCAACAACAAAAAGCCUAAAUUCAUUUAUGAUGACGAAUGGACAAGAAGCUUCUACUUUUUGUUGUAUAACGCAAAUUCUACAAAGGUUGAUUGGCAGCAGUAUCCCUUACCAAAUAACCCAUUUGUUGUAGGGAGUCGAAAAUCCUUACUAAACUGACAAGUAAGGAGGAAGGUAACACACCGACCAGAACCUCGCUCUCCGGACGGUCAUUCUUAAUAUCUUCUGCACCAAGUCCUCUAACGACUUGUGUUUUUUAAACAGGGUAAAGUGAAUGUGUUGCAUUGCAAACUCAGGUAUUACGAGAAGGUAGGAAUGUAGCUAGAGACGUAGAGACGUUAGGUCAGGCACUAGAUGUAUUUGUGAAUUUGGUUUGAAGGACACCCUGGAAAGGUUGGAAUUUUUGUUCCAUUCUUCACGUAACAUUCGGUUUACAGGGACUCAUAUUUUAUUUGUGCUUAAUGCUAGUAGGGGGAAGUUCAUUAUCUUUGGUAUCUAUCUGCUGUUGCUUAUCUGACCUUCUGUCAUAGAGGAAUCAAUCAACAAUAAUAGUCUUUGGUAGAAUUUUCUGCCAUGACAAGUCAAUUUUUAUCCCCGAUUUGAAAGAUAAAUUGGCUGACUGACCCCCUCCUCUCCUUCAUAGCGUUAGUGCAGAUGGAAAGCUGAAGAGUUACUUUUAAUCUGAACAGAGAUUUGGGACAUAAAUUUGAAGUGCUCAGGCAUUCGGAGGGGCUCUGCCGAGGUGUCCGAGUUGCUGUUUUACGGCUGGAAGCGCAUCGCCCGGCGCAGAAACGGCUGCUCCCAGCUGCUGGGGCCACUGGGGCGCUCGGGGAUGCCAGGUACCUCCAAACCGAUGGGCUCUGGGCACAGCAAAAUUGACGCAGCAGGAGCCAGCUCUUCAGCCGUUUUUCAUCUGCGUUAGCUACUUUUCUAAUUGUUAAUAAUGCCAGCGGCAUUCGUUUUUUCUCAUCUCGUGGCUGCCAGCCCGCAGUGCUGCGCAGAGGCGCUGCGAGCUUCGGGUCAUGGGGGUGCAGCUCUGGAUUUUCCUGUAAUUCUUAAAUCCUGAGCUUUUGCCGUCUCCCACCACACAAAGCCCAGAGGGGGAACUCGGCAUUUGCGGGGUGGUCAGUCGGAUCGCCAGUUGCAGGUCACCCGCUGCCAGGGAGCUGCCCCCCGAGUAGCACCCGUUUCCCUGGUGCUGUGGGGAUGCUUUGAGCGAGGCCGCGGGAGCCGGUGGCACCAGCAGAGCCAGCGGGGCACCCGCGUCGAGUGCCGCUGGCCGCCCGUCCCCCCCUCGCCACGCACCUGCCCUUCGCUCUUCAGACUCCGGCGCAGAACUGCAGCCGCCUCAGGUUAAGGAGUUUGUCUUGUCCUUCAAACCAACCUUCUUUUUUUUUAAAAAAAAAAAAAAAAA